CAAUAGGGUGUGGGAUAAGAUUCACCUUAGAGCUAGUGUGAAGGUCGCAAGGGCAAGUGUUGGACGAGUUCUAUAGACCUCAGAAAUUUAGAUUUGUCUUAUCACACUUUCCUUUGCUAACACGUAAUAUUCUAAAAACAUGGCUCGCAAAUUCUUUGUUGGUGGUAACUGGAAGAUGAAUGGUAGUAAGAAGGAAAUUGACGAGAUCGUUGCAUUCCUAAAAGCCGGUCCAUUAGAUCCUAAUGUCGAGGUUGUUGUUGGCGUUCCUUCUAUUUACUUAUCAUACGCAAAAAGUAUUUUACCUAGUAAUGUCAGCAUCAGUGGCCAAAAUACCUACAAGGUUGCCAAGGGAGCUUUUACUGGGGAGCUUAGCCCAGCUAUGCUUUUGGAUAAUGGUAUUCCCUGGGUCAUUCUUGGCCAUUCAGAACGUAGGAACAUUUUUGGUGAGACUGAUGAGCUUGUUGCCGAGAAGGUAGCACAUGCUCUGGAAGCUGGACUGAAGGUGAUUGCUUGUAUUGGAGAGAAGCUAGAGGAACGUGAAGCUGGAAAAACCGAAGAAGUUGUCUUCAGGCAAACUAAGGCUAUUGCUGAUAAAAUUAAGUCUUGGGACAAUGUUGUUUUGGCGUAUGAGCCAGUUUGGGCUAUUGGAACAGGAAAAACUGCCACACCUCAACAAGCACAAGAAGUUCAUGAGAAGUUGAGACAGUGGAUUGCUGCGAAUGUUAGUCCUGCUGUCGCUGAAUCUCUGAGAAUUAUUUAUGGAGGUUCAGUAACAGCAGGUAAUGCCAAGGAGUUGGCAAAAGAGAAAGACAUUGAUGGCUUCUUAGUUGGUGGAGCGUCGCUAAAACCUGAUUUCGUACAAAUUGUGAAUGCCAAGCAGUGAAAUAUCGAAUUUUGUAUUGAUACUUGUGAUGAUCAAUGACUUGUUAUAUUUUUCUGGAAAUAUCAUUUCGCCUCCGUAUAGUACUAUGAAACGUACGCAGAGCUGUACUCAUUUAUAAUCUUUAAUUUUACAUAUUAUAUCACAUUGGUUUUGACAAAAUUGAUUAAUAUGUAACUUAAUAUGUAUAUAUAUACACAUUGUCACACACGUGAGAACUACAAACGUAUAUAUAAUGUGAAGUAAAAGAUUGUUGAUAUAACAUGUAUAUGUAAAGCGUAAAAUAGAGGAUAUUAAAUAGAACAAAAAAAGCAUAA